AUGUCUGGACGGUUUGGCCACAAGAAGAACUUUAAAAGAAACAACAAGUGGCAAGGAAAACCACACAAUGAUAACAGAGGAGGAGGAAAAAAAGAAUACCGUCAUGUUGAUCAAUUAACUGAAAAAGAAGUCGGAAUAACAGAAUAUUUGAGCGAUUUGGAUGGUUUUACUGGAAUUUUAAAAGCAAGAUUUUCGGAUUUUCAAGUAAACGAAAUAGAUUUGGAAGGUAAUGUGGCAAAAUUGACCAAUACAGAUAUUCCUAAAGAUUUCCAUCCAAAAGUUGAGAAUGUGAAUUAUAAAGAAGUUGUGGAGAGUCCGCACGAAAAAAUAUCAAAAGAAACAUGGGAAGAAAUAAAGAAUAUCAUGGAUAACCCUGAGAAAACUUUGGUGAAAAUUGGUGCAGAUGAAUUAACAAAAGAAGAAAGGAAAAGUAUACAUGCAUGUAUGAAAACACACUUUGGUCAGAAAAUAAUUGCUUCCACUCUAAACAAAGAUGAUAAAAAGUUUUUAGAAUUUCGACGGUCAACCAACAAUGAUAGAAAUCAAAGACAACAGUGGCCAGAAGAUAAAGGUGAAUAUGUUCAUUUUAUACUUUAUAAAGAAUGUAUGGACACUAUGGAUGCUUGCAUUAAAAUCAGUGACUGUGUGAGGAUGGCUACACACACAUUUAAUUAUGCUGGUGUUAAAGAUAAAAGAGCCAAAACAACCCAGUGGUUUUCAGCUAAAAAAGUGGAACCCUGGAAGCUUAUAAUUAAAACUAAAAACUUAAGGAAUGUUAAAAUUGGUAAUAUUACUUUCAAGGAUCAUCCCUUAAGAUUAGGUGAUCUCAGUGGUAAUACAUUUAGGAUAGCUCUGAGAAAUGUCGAAGGUGAGGAUGAAUUAAUUAACAAAAAUAUGCAGUUUGUUAAAGAAAAUGGUUUUAUAAAUUAUUAUGGAUUGCAGAGAUUUGGAAAUGAUAAAGAAGUACCUACUUUUGAUAUUGGUAUUAAGUUAAUGCAUGGUAAAUGGGAGGAAGCUGUAAAGUUAAUUUUAAAAUCAAAAAAAUAUGAUGACCCACAUUUGGACAUUUCAAAGGCUAAAAAAGUUUACAGUGAAACUGGGGAUGCAUUAAAAGCUUUUAAAGAGUUAAAUGUCAGUGAAAAUAAUUGUAUAGAAGCUAAAUUAUUGGAGGGACUAUCAAAAGAAGCAGCUAAUGAUUAUGUAAAUGCUUUGGAAAAAAUUCCAAGAAAUAUGAGACUUCUGUAUAUACAUGCAUUUCAAAGCUUAAUUUGGAAUAGAAUAGUUUCAAAAAGAAUUAAAGAAUUUGGAUUGAAGCCUAUUGAAGGUGAUUUAAUAAUUAUUAAUGAACAAAAGGAGAGUAAAGAUAAUAAUGAUGAUGAAGAGAUCAAGUGUAAGCAGGAAGUAAGAGCACUAAAAUUUGACGAAUUAGAAAGUUUUAAUAUUUUUGACAUUGUAUUACCAUUGCCAGGAUAUGACGUAGUUUAUCCAGAAUAUUUAAAAAACGCAUACAAAGAAGCUUUAGAAGAAUUUGAGUUAUCCUUGGAAAUGCCAAAACAGAAAGUUAAAACCUACACUUUAAGUGGGACUUAUAGAAACAUUCUUACUCAGCCCAAAUACUUAACUUGGAAAAUACUAAAUUAUAAUGAUCCCAAUUAUAAUUUAAUUUUAUCAGAUUUUGAGCAACUUAAAAAAGUUCCUGAACCUGUUAGUUUGGAAAAUGGCAAGUUUAAGGCUUUAGUGAUGGAAUUUACAUUACAUUCUUCUUCAUAUGCUACAAUGGUAAUUAGGGAAAUAAUGAAGAUUGACACUUCUACAAGCAGUCAUGCAAAGUUAAACAACUAUUUUGAUAAAGGUGAUAAAAAGAUUGAUAUUGCAGAAGAAGCCCCAAAAAGUAAUGCAGAUUAUAGUGAAAUAAUGAAGGAAAGUAGUUUAUUAAAAGAUAAAGAGAAGUAUGAAGAAUUUAAGAAUAGUAUUUUUAAAGCUAUUUGCCCAACUGAAAAAGAAAGUGAGGAAUUAGAAGAAGGUGAAACCCCAGCUAAGAAAGCCAAGGUUGAGGAAAAAGAUUCUGGAAUAAAAAUGGAGGCUUCUUUAGUUUAA